UUUUAGAGGGGUUUGAGACUUUUUCUGUUUUUAAAGUUGAAAAAUACUUCCAAAACCUGAGCCAAAUAUAGAGAAUGAAUUCCCAAGUGAUUUUUUGCUUCACAUUUUGUUAUUUGUAGGGACUAAAUCUGUAGCGCGAAUCGACUUUGAGUCCCUAAAUUCAUGGACCUCUCUCGCAAGCUGUAAUCGCCAUUGACGUUAAGAUGGAUUGUCAAAUACGGGCCAACGGCCAGAAUACCCAGUUGAAAUCAUAAGGGCCUCUCUGGUGUGUUAUUAUUUAGCCCAAACCCAAAAGAGCCCAUUCCUUAUCCAGUCCAUGACUGAUAGUCUGAUAGAACAGUCAGUGACUAGCUAGCUCCCGAAUUCCAAUUGCUCUUCUGCAAUCUCUGCUUUUGUUCCCGGCUUUCUUCGCUUCAGCUCAGUCUUAUUCCAUCUGUGACUGUCACGUCGGAGAACCUCCCACUGCGGCAUAACAAGAAUUGAAUAUAAAGGGUAGGAGCGUCGAAGUGAAUUUUCCAUGGUUACUUUCUGUUGCUAAAUCGGCGGCUAAGUUUGUUGAUCCUGAUUGUUCACCAGGUGUUCGACGAAUUGCCUCAGUGAAGUUUGAGUGCUUGCUGCUGCACUAUCGUCGUUGUAGUUGGUUCUGUUCUUCUUUCUUCUUUUUUUUUUUUUUCUGUCAAUUCGGAGGAAUGGAUAAUAGCAAGAGCGAUGAUGAGGUUAAGAGGGCGCGGCUUAUGGAGGCUCGCGCCAGAAGCAUCAGUCACAAUGUGAGGUGCACGGAGUGUGGGAGUCAGUCCAUCGAAGAAUCUCAAGCCGACAUAGCCGUUCUCCUCAGGAAGUUGAUCCGUGACGAGGUCUGGUCUGGGAAAUCUGACAAAGAAAUCUUCAAAAAGCUCGAGGAUGAAUAUGGAGAGACAGUUCUCUACGCCCCAAAGUUCGAUUGGCAGACUGCAGGGAUAUGGUUGUCCCCGCUUUUAAUUGCAGGUGCUGCUGGAGGGAUAUGGGCUUACAGAAGGCAUAGGCAAAAUACUAAUGUGCAUAUCAUGGCUCUGAAUCUGGUCAGGGGCGUUGCAUUAACACCAAAAGAGAAGGAGACCAUGUUGGAGAUUCUAACACCUCCCCCUGCAGAACGAACCCCUCUUUCAUCUUGGUGGAAAAAGUGGAGAGCUUGACAGAAAAAGGGUAUGUCUUCUGUCGAUUGGUAGCCACAGUCAAGUUGAUUGCAAUGACAUACUGGUGCAAAGAAUCAAGAUUUAUGGUGUGGCAAUGCUGGAGUUAGUGAGACGAUGUAAAGAGCAAGCAGCUUUUGCCUCUGCACCUCAGUAAUAGUAGUCUUAGCUAUGUAUCAAUGUUUGUUGAGAUUAUACUUGCAUCGUUUGAAAGUUCUCUCCCUUGUAAUUCCUGCAUUUGAAUUUAAUGGCAGCAUCUGAAUUAUCAUUCACUUGAAUUUAAUGCAAGCAUCUACAUUAUCAUAAAACAAUAUUCUCGUAAGACUGUUUUUCAUAUUAUGGUCAACAAACGCAAACAAAACUGAAUUGAACUUUCCAUAUUCCUCUGUCUCGUUUGGUGCUUCUUCGAACCAAAUGCACUUUGCUUGAUAAUCAUGUGAGAAUCAUUUGAUGAAGAACGAUGUGUGGCAUUGCUUUCGAAAUGGUUGGUUAUAUGAAAUACUGGGUUACAUUGUUAUAACCAAGUUGCAGGAGGGAAAAAGCUUAUGCUGAACCUCAUUGAUCAGGGAUUACUUGAUGGUCUCUACAGGAGUUAAACAUUAACUGGCUUCAAUGAAAAUGGUCUAAUGUC